AUGGAACGAAAUUUGGAGGAAGCUUUGGAGCAGACAGAUGAUAAUAUCGAGACUGUCGAGCUGCAGCCCCCUCCAGCGACACCCGCAUCUAGUGGGGAAAAAUCUCUUCAGGAAAAACUGUAUGAAAUUUAUAUGGAGGAAUGUGAGAAAGAGCCUGAAGUAGAGGGCCUUCGAAGCAAUGUCAACUUGCUAAAGAAGCUUAUGAAGAGAGAGGCGUUGCCAUGUUUAGUGGUCAACCUGUACGCAGAAAAUCAGGGCUACUCUCUCCUGCUCAAGGACAAAGAUGGAGUCCUUAUAGAGCCAUUUCCUGUGCCUUAUGUAGGACAGAAUCUGCUCAAAUACUUGGAUGCUGAAGAGUUACCCUCUUUUCUGAUCGAUGCCCUGGAAAAGUCCCCUGUGAAUGUGUUUCACUGUGGGUGUGUCAUAGCAGAAAUCCGAGACUACAGGCAGUGCAGUACCAGCUGCCCUCCUGGGCAGCCUGGUUCAGAGCCUGCUGAGUCUGCUGUGUCCUCUACUGUGUCCUCUACUGCCUACCAAAUGCGUCAUGUUCUCUUACGUCCGACGAUGCAGACUCUAGUGAGUGAUGUAGAGUCCAUUACAAGUGACAACCGUCAGUGGACCCAGGAAGAAAAACUUGAGCUCGAGAGCCAAAUGAUCUUGGCUACAGCAGAGCCACUGUGUCUGGAUCCCUCUGUUGCUGUUACCUCCACUGGCAACAAACUGCUGUUUAAUGAGCAGAAGAUGAAUGCUGACCCCAUGAGGGAAUGCUUCAAGAGGAAUGACUGGCCCUGUAUAGAACUGGAGGAAGAAAAGUCUGUAUGUACAACUCCUCCUGAUGUUACAACAAUGAUUGCUUGUAGAAAACGAGCAGAAAUAAAACAAGGUGACCCAUAUGAUCUGAAGAUUGCUGAAGCAGGAAAGUGUGUAGACACGUGGAAGCAGAGACCCUGUGAACUGGUGGCCCCCUCACAGGUAGACGUGCAGAAAUAUGCUAAAGGGAAGCGAUCUGUGCCCUAUGAUGACUCAGCAUCAACAGCCUGGCCAGAUCCUGAGGUAAAAUAUGGUUAUGUAUGUGAUUGUGAAGAGGUCAGUCAGCCAUGGAUAACAAAGCCAAAUGUGACGCAGUCCCUUAGUGACCCAUUUUUGUCUUCUGAAAUAGAACCAUCACUAGAGGGCCCAUGUGAUAGCCAGCUGUGUCUUCCUCAAGUUGCCCCAAGUGCUUGUUCACUUGGUUCUAUAGCUGGGGAAAAGAUUGAGUCUGGGAAGGCAAUGGGUGUGUGCCAAGGGUCUGUCCCAAGCCAGGCUGAGUGUCUAGGCAAAAAGCUUCAGGGAUCUACUAGCUUCAUCUGUCCUGUCCAGCCCUCCCCAGCGAGGAAUGCUAAAUCCCAUUCAGUAACAUCUCCAGCCUCAGAAAUGAGAGUUAAGACCCCAGCUCCACUGUUUACACUGCCCUCCACCUCAGGACAGAGCUCUUCAGCAAUCAGUCCUCCCUCAAUACUAGUCAGAGGUAGGAAGCUUUUGAGACUUUCUCCCACUUCCAAAUCAGCCAGCCUGGCUCAGCAAACCUUCUGGGGAAUGAGUGGUGCUAACACCCUUCCUCCAGGUGUCCAGCCCUCUGCCAGCUCAUCAGAGAGCCGUCCAGCCACCCAUGACACCAGCAGUGGCAUUGGCCAAAACGUCCUCAAUGUUUUUGGCCUAGCACAGGGAGCCCCUGCCUUGAAGAGUAUUCUGACCCAGGUGCAGAGCUUCCCCACUAGUGCCCCGGCAUCUAAAGAAACCUCUUCCAGAGGCUUUCUGCCUCCUACAGGUCAGAUGCCCAGUACCCAGACCAGAGCACCACAGCGCUCUGUGCAGACAUCUGUGAAAGUAAUUGUAAAAAAUACUUCAGGCCCUGUAACUGUCAGGCUUUCACCUGGCUCUGUCAUUUUGCACCCAGAGUCACAAUCACAGCGGCCACAGCCAUUCUUGCAGCCACAGCUGCCACAGCAGCAGCCACAGCAGCAGCCACAGCCACAGCAGCAGCCACAGCCACAGCCACAGCCACGGCUGUAUCCACAGCUACGGCUGUAUCCACAGCCACGGCUGUAUGCCCAGCCACGGCUGUAUGCCCAGCCACGGCUGUAUGCACAGCCACGGCUGUAUCCACAGCCAGAGCUGCAGCGGCCCCAGCAGCCAGAGUCUUUGUAUGUGUUAAUUUCAAAACAGCAUCAGCCACCUAGGGCUCCUAUCCCUCCACAGCCAAUGCCACCACCUUACCAGUACAACCAGAGGGCUAGCUUUCAGCAAUGGGUAGUGCCAACUCAGCAAACUGGUCUCUUUAACAUUGCUGAGGCCAGGAGAGUUCACCAGUCCCAGGCAACUGUAGUGUGUCAGGUAGGCUCUACCCAGAGUCCUGCGCAGACCCUUCCUUCACAGAGCAUGCAGAACCCUGCAGCCGGGGUAGAACAGCUGCAGGCUCAGGGCCAGAAUGUUCAGGUGAGAGUUGUGCCACGUAUAGUGGCUGUGUCCAGAGCAGUCAGUCAGCAGAGUCAUCAGGGAAACACAGGUGACCAGCCCACAGAUACAGGGAAGGGAGGUCCACCAACCACCCCAAAGUCUUAG